AAUCGAAGCAAAUCGAUUUCACACYAUUUAUCUCGACUGGCAAAGACAAACAUGACCACGAGCCACAACAGCCGCAUCUCGAUCCCGGUCCCCGUCGUGGAAGACAACGGAGAUCACCAUCCCCACGACGAGCCUCCUUCGAUGGGCGAUUUCUCGGCAAACGCUUUUUUGUUGGGGGAAGAACGUAGCCACGCAAGCAGCCGAGGCACGUACUAUGCGAAAGAUCCCCUACAAAACAUCGGCAGCCUCGCUUCGAAACGAAGUGCGAGAAAUGCCCCAUCCAUCGAACCAGAACGAAAGCAAUCCAAUCUGCAGUCGUUGUCKUCGAUACCUAUUCCUACGCUGRCGGAUGGAGCCGGAUAUCCUUUCGAUCGUGACGUAGUCCAGGAACAAGGUGUUGCUCGUACGAAUGRCUUCCUCUMUGGUUUGAGGGGUCCGGGUUUGUUUUCCGACAGUKUCAGUCUCAACGGCAUUGAUUCAUUGCGAAACUKCCAAGGAGWCUUGCCACCAAUCCCUUCGAAGCAUCUUCCUCGUCUGCAGCAACCACCUAUUUCGAGGCCAACGGCAGCAACCUCUCCUAUGUUACAACGACCGAUUGAUACUACGGUUGUGAACAGUAACUUUGCUGAUGCCGAARGAUCUGCAGGUCKCGGUCUUGGCCAACCAAACCAGUCGACUCAAAAUACUCGUGACGGAGUCCUCCAUUGGCMAGCUCCUAUCUUCAACGRGCUUCCAGGGGUAAUCGAAACAUUGGAAGGAACAACUAUAUCUAGUUUUACCGAUCCUGAUCACAACCGAAGAAYUCCCGCGKUCGCUAGCAACUUGAGCGUAGGUGAUGCUGCCUCAGUUGCUUCCAGGAGAACGUUUCAGGAAUCUAGCUUCAGACCAGGAAAUCCCCGAUCUAUCCUCAACGAGCGAUACCAAAAGAGAUACAAACGAUCGUUCACRAAGAAAGACUUUUGCUCGAUCAAAGACACWAGGGACGGAGACCACAUCCCUACUUUUACAUCUGUAUUUGUCUGYCCAGAAACAGGCGAACUAUUUCUUAGCGGCGAUCUCYUAUCGGCGGAUCUUGUUCUUCAGCGGGAUGGCAUGAACUGGUACAAAACGAAAAACGAUGCCGAAUUUGCUGCUGCCGGGAGGGCCGAGGACURUUUCCGGUUCCGUUCCGGAGAAAUAAUCAGUACUAGCAAUGCCGGAAACUUCUUUUGUAGCGAACCCCCCGUUGCUACUCGUGGGGACGACGGCGAGGAUGACACAAAAGAGCUCUCGGAGUUCCUCCAAUCGGAGGCCGUCCAAAAGCUAGUUCGAAAGCACCUAGUUGAUCAAAGAUGAGUCUGCAAACAACGUUCUUUCUGGACUCGCAAAAAUCGCCGAUCACUUGCACGUCGUGCUUCAUCGCCAUAGUAGGCAACUCCUACAACGAUACUAAUACCUGUGAGGUAAUCCCCAUACCGCAUUCACGAGUAGCUAGUGAAUAACCCUCACUCUUUAUU